AUGGCUUCGACCAGACGGAUCAGAAUCGUCUGCAUAUCUGAUACUCAUAACCAGACUCCUAAACUUCCACCCGGAGACAUACUGAUCCACGCAGGAGAUUUCUCUAACCAAGGUACUUUCUCGGAGCUACAGAAAACCGUCAAAUGGCUUCGGCAGGCACAGUUUCGUGUCAAAAUUCUCGUCUGUGGCAAUCACGAUGUCACUUGUGAUAUUCCAUUCUAUGAGCAGCAUGGUGGGAGGUUUCACAACAAGAAAAUCGAAGACCCUCAGCGUUGUAUCGAUCUAUUUCGCACUGAACCCACCUUUGUUUAUCUCAACCAUGAGGCUAAACUGGUCCGCCUCGACUUCGACGACAACACUUACACUGUACUGAAGGUAUUCGGGUCUCCAUACUCCCCAGCUAGGGGUUUUUGGGCUUUUGGCUAUGCUCCAGAAAAGGCCACCGAGCUAUGGAACCAGGUCCCUUUGGAUUCAGAUCUCAUCAUCGCCCAUACUCCAGCAAAAGGUCACCGUGACCGGUGUAGUGCCCGUGGCACUGCAGGUUGCAAGGUUUUACAACAAGUACUCGGACGAGUUCGACCAAAACUCUUCGUAUGUGGACAUAUACAUGAAGGACAUGGUGUUGAGAUUGUCACAUGGGACACAUCGAGUCUUGGUAGAGGAUGCGGAGAAAGUGAUAUUCGGCAGUAUGAAGACCAGGCGCCCGACAGUAAGAAGCUAUUCACUGUCGACUUGUCCUCGAGAUCACGUGGGUCCGCAUUGCAGAACGAUGGCAGCAUCGAUCAUAUCACGUGCCUUGUUGGUCAGACUGUGCAGGAGGUGACACCUGUUGACGGCGAAGAGACGAUUGCGUUAGAUGCUUCCGGGUCGAACAGAACAGCCUCCGUUAUGGACCUCAUUUCAGAUUUCGAAAAGAAAGAAACACGUUCUGGUAGGCUUCAGACUUGUGUUGUCAACGCCGCUUAUAUGGGGAAGAAUUGGCCACACAAAGACGGCAAGACCUUUCACAAGCCCAUCGUGAUCGACCUUGAUGUUCCCAUCCUAACGAACGCGACUAUCGAAGAAACUUCAGGUUGA